UCGAUCCAAUAUGGCGGCAGAAGAAGAAAGUUUCGUCAAUAUUGGUACAGCGUUUGACGUUCCCGAUGAAGACGCGCCGAAGAAAAAAUCCCUUCCUGUGCAUGAACAAUAUGCCACAGACAGCGAUGGUCGAAGACGAUUUCAUGGUGCGUUCACAGGAGGCUUUUCAGCUGGCUAUUUCAACACCGUUGGCAGCAAGGAAGGAUGGACGCCCUCUACCUUUGUGUCAUCUCGAGCGAAAAGAUUGGAAUCAUCGCGGCAAAAGCCCGAGGAUUUUAUGGACGACGAAGAUCUCGGGGACUUUGGCAUAGCCCCGAGAAAUGUUGAAACGACAAAGCUGUUUUCUCGAGAACGCGAGGCCAGAGAGAAACGGAACAAUGUUCCAUCAACGUCUGGGAUUAGUUUAGACUCGGUCAUGAAAUAUGCUUUAGAAGACUUAGUAGUUCCUUGUCGAAUGUCUAUUGGAGUUAGGUUGUUGAAAAAGAUGGGGUGGAAGGAAGGGCAAGGUAUUGGCCCACGUGUGAGACAAAUUCCGAAGAAGAAGGUAUAUGGAUGUGUCUUUCAUCCUGGUACCGCAGUAAACACUGAGGAAGACAAUGAACAGGAUAUUUAUGCUCAAGGGUUGCUGUUUGCACCAAAGGAUACAACCACAAUUAAGUUCACUCCAAAAGAUAAUUUACAUGGUAUAGGUUACAAAGGAAUGUUGGCCCCUGUACCAGCAGAGAUGUCCAAGCCUGGCUUCUCAGGAAAUUUGAAGAUCAAAGGACAGGCAUUUGGAGUGGGAGCAUUUGAGGAUGAUGAUGAGGAUGUAUAUACUCAAGAUUCUAUGUCAAACUAUGAUAUUGAACUCCAUGAUAAUCACAAGCAAUCUCAUUCAGAUCUUCAUGGAUGGACAGGACCACCAGGACAGGCAAUUAAAGGUGGAGCGCUUUCCCUUUUUGCCAAAGCUUCUAAACCAAAACCAGCCAACAAAGUAUUUGCCCCACCAUCAAUCCCCAAAGGAUACCAACCGUUUUCCGUGAAAGAAACUUACGAUAAGAAACUUGACGAGAAGAAUGUGACUCGUCAUACUUCCGAAACGAGAGGCACACUUCUUGGUGAACAACCAUUACUAAAAACAAGAAAGUCUGUGUUUGAUUUGAUGAGCAAAGAUGAUCGAGAGCGCAUUGCGUCGACGAAGAAAACUUUACAGUCGAAUUAUCCCGCGGGAAAAAUUCCACCCGGUACAAAUCUUCGUGCAGCGGGUUUUCAACCGUUUGCCAAAGAUCCAGCUAAACAGGCUCGCUAUGAAAGCUUCCUCGAGUCUCGGAAGACUGGCAAGGAAUCAAAUGCACCAAGUGACUUACGGUGUAGUUUGACUGAAUGGGAAAGGGAGCGUGAAAAAGAAGAGUUUUCAAGGUCGGCGAUGCUUUAUCAACCGCUGAAGGGAGACAUUGCCGCUCGUUUCACGAGAGGGAGAAACAUCGAUGAUGAUCUCCCUGAUAAAAACCAAUCCAAGUCAACUGUAGACGAGAAUAAGUCCGUUGAAGAAAAGGCUGCAGAGAUGAAGAUGUUUGGCAAACUAACCAGGAAAACAUUCGAAUGGCAUCCAGCCAAGCUGUUAUGCAAGAGAUUCAACAUUCCAGAACCUUAUCCUUCGUCGAGUGGAACCGGUCUUGUUGGUGAGAAGAAAGAAAAGUUUACUCUUGCUCAACUCUUUGAAACGUCACAAAAGGACGAAAGCGUUGACACUUGCUUGAGAGAAGUGACAAAUGUGCCGGACAAUUCAACAAUCGUAUCUGGGAAACAGGUUACUGCAGAGAAUGUGAACACGGAGGAAAAUACAAGGUUGAACCCAACUUCCGACGUGAUGGAUACUUUUGAGCAAAAACCCAGCGAAAAACCGUCGAUGGAUUUGUUCAAAGCAAUAUUUGCUAGCUCGUCGGAAGACGAGUCUUCAAAGUCCGACGACGAAGAGUUUGGAAAUGAACAAAAAAGCCAUUUACCAGCUGAAACGUCUAAGUUUAGUGACAACCAAGUAUUAGUCGUAACCAGCCAAGAGACAAAAACAUAUCAUGAGGAGAAAUUUAAAGAAAUUCAUAACCAGGAUGUUGGUGUUCACAAAUACGCAGAUCGGGAUAGUACCCAAGCAAGUAUUGAAAAUGCGAAAAAUAUCCCUGGCCAAAACAUCACUGAACAAAAUACAAUGGAAGAGGAAGAGGAAGAAGAAGAGGAGUAUGGUCCUAGACCACCACCAAUAGAGACACAAACACCCGAAGAGAGUUAUCAUAAAUCAGAAUACAGAAAAACUGUUCCAUUUUCCCGCUAUGAUUCAAAUAGCGAGUCGGAUAGCGAUAGACCUAAACGAAAACACAAAAGGAAGCAGAAACACAAGACGAAACACAAGAGUAAAGACAGGGAUAGGGAAAAGUCAAAGAGAAGAGGAGAUAGAAUGAACAAAAAUGAUCGCGAAACCUCAUCGAGUUCUCUCAAUUCCAACUUAGGUGAUAAGCAAACCAGGACAUCGAAUCAAAGCGUCACCCCAGAUGACAAACAGAUUCUGUCGAAACUCAAAGCCGUCCAAAAACGGCGAAUGUGUGCUGCAGAUUUUAUGUGAUAUCAGGACAUAUAAUAUGAGAAUAAGAAUCUUCCAUGAUAUAGCUAUGUUGACUUGUCUGAAUCAUGCAGAUGUACUUUUCACUCUGCAUGCUCGCUUGAAGUAUAACGAUCGUGUAACGGUAAAUUUUAGGCGCCAGUUAUCAAAUUGUAUAAGAAAGAGUUAGUGAAAGUUUAGCGCUAACAGCCAUCAUCGAGGAUUUUGGAGUGAACAACAAUCUUAGUGCAAAACGUAUUCGAUGAAAACAGUAACGGCAGAGACCCAUAGUAUACCUAACCAAUUUAUACAGCCAGUGGCGUAGCCAGCCUGACUAUUUUGUCCCGCUAUGUAAAU